CUGUUAAAACUGAAACUCUCAAAUUUCUGUCGUUUCUCUUACUAAAGCUUGAUUCUUUCAAAAGUCUUUCAUUUCUUUUCUUUUCUGUUUCUCUUGCCAAAUGAAGCUGACGGACGGAAACGCCAACUCUUCCGCCGUCGAGCUCGACUAUUUUAAAUGACGAAACUAUCCUUCCCUCUCCUUUUCGCCGUUUGUUUCUUUACCGUUAUUUCCUUCCUGCCGUUAAUUUAUGCCUUGGGUUCCGGCUCAACGCUCACCGUCGCUUAUGGCACCGCCACCGUAUGCGCCAUCGUAGCUUCCGAGCCGACUCAACGCAUUAUCUGUUACCGCGCCGGCGACAACAAUUACUCGUCCGCCGUCGUCUCCAUCCUCCCUAACGUUUCCUACUUCACCGUUGCCGGUGGUAAUACCAGCGUUUGCGCCCUUCGUUCCGGCGGUUACAGCCUCCUCUGUUGGGAUACAAACACCCCAUCUUUUCCCGUUAAACGCCUCUAUUUUAACGACACCGUUUUGUUAGAAUACCUUUCCAUCGGCGACGGAAGGAUAUGCGCAUCGUCGAAGAAUACGACGACGUCCGUUGUCUGUUGGAGAGCCGACGGAAAUAAUAGAAAUAAUAGUGAAGAGUUACCCAACGGUGAUUACACAAUGGGUAAAAUCACAUCCGGGUUUGGGUUUUCAUGUGGGAUUGUAUUGAGUCGAAGCAACCGAGUCACUUGUUGGGGAAGUGACCCUCUGGCGAAUGAAAUAGAAAGGCAAUUUGAAAACAUGUCAAUGUUAAAUAUUGAAGCUGGAUAUUCCCAUGUUUGUGGAGUUAACUUAGUUGGGGAUUUAGUUUGUAAAGGAGAUAACUUAAGGGGUCAACUCAAUGUUCCUUCAAACAAAGGUUUGAACUUUACUUCAGGGUUGGCUCUUGGUGAAGGUUUUAGUUGUGGGAUUAGGAGAUCGAAUGGGACAGUUGUUUGUUGGGGUUCCAUGACCGAGACAGCAGUUGAAGGAAUUGGGUUCGAAUCCAUAGUUUCAGGCUUAAAUUUUACUUGUGGAUUAACAACCAAGAAUUUAUCUAUAGUUUGUUGGGGUCCAGGGUGGGCUGGAAGCAAUAGGUUAAAUUCAAAUUCUUCAGUAAAUGAGUUACCUUUGGGAGUUGAGAUUCUACCAGGGCCUUGUAUUCAAUCUUCUUGUAAUGGGUGUGAAUUAUUAUAUCCUCUAUCGGGCAGGCUUUGUUUUGGUUCUGGAAACAUUUGUAAACCAUCACCCUGUUACGCAGCACCACCGCUGUCUCCUCCGUUACCGUCACCUCCACCACCGGAGGUUUCGAGGCGGUCUUCGCCGUCUAGGGAGUUGACGAGAGGGUUACUGGCUUUUGCAAUAGUUGGAUCAGUUGGAUGUUUUAUGGGGAUUUGUAGUAUUGUUUAUUGUUUGUGGACUGGGGUUUGUUUUGGUAAAAAGAAAGUACAUAAUUCAGUUCAGCCAACUAUUACUAGAGCUGGCUCUAAUGGCGAUCCUGGAUCAAAUAAUAGUCCUCCUUCAAGGUCAUUGACGAUUAGACGCCAGAGUUCAAGAGCAAUGAGGCGUCAAAGAAGUGGAACAUCUUCAAAACAUGCUGACAGAGCUGAGGAAUUUAGCUUGGCUGAGCUUGCUGCUGCUACCAAUGAUUUUUCAUUUGAAAACAAGAUUGGUGCUGGGAGCUUUGGUGUUGUUUACAGGGGAAAGUUAUUGGAUGGCCGUGAGGUGGCGAUUAAAAGAGGCGAAACAGGUCAAAAAACCAAGAAGUUCCAAGACAAGGAGACUGCAUUUGAAUCAGAAUUGGCAUUCUUGUCCAGGCUUCAUCAUAAGCAUUUGGUUACGCUUGUUGGGUAUUGUGAAGAGAUGGAUGAAAGGCUUUUGGUUUAUGAAUACAUGAAGAAUGGUGCACUAUAUGAUCAUUUACAUGAUAAGAACAAUGUUGAGAAAAGUAGUAGUCUGCUUAAUUCCUGGAAAAUGAGGAUCAAAAUUGCUUUGGAUGCGGCACGAGGGAUUCAGUAUCUUCACACUUAUGCAGUUCCACCUAUAAUUCAUAGGGAUAUAAAGUCUUCUAACAUAUUACUUGAUGUGAAUUGGACAGCAAGAGUUUCAGAUUUUGGACUUUCUCUGAUGGGUCCAGAAUCUGAUCGAGAUCACAGGCCAAUGAAGGCAGCUGGAACAGUUGGUUACAUUGAUCCUGAGUACUAUGGCUUAAAUGUCUUAACAACAAAGAGUGAUGUCUAUGGUUUUGGAGUUGUAAUGCUAGAACUUCUGACAGGGAAGAGGGCUAUAUUCAAGAAUGAUGAAAAUGGAGGGACCCCAGUGAGCCUGGUGGAUUUUGCAGUGCCUGCAAUUAUGGCUGGUGAAUUGGUUAAGGUUUUGGAUACAAGGGUUGGACCACCAGAGCUGAACGAAGCUGAAGCAGUGGAGCUAAUGGCAUAUACUGCAAUGCAUUGUGUGAAUUUGGAAGGGAGAGAGAGGCCUAUAAUUGGUGACAUUGUUUCCAACUUGGAAAGGGCAGUGACUGUUUGUGAUGGCAGCCAUGGCAGCAUCUCUAGUGGUGCAUUCUCAAUUGUUUCAGAGUGAAAAUUUCAGCUCUCCAAAAAAAAAAGUAUUUUUCUCUUUUCUCAUGAAUUUUUUUCUAUCAAUGAUUUAUCCAGGUAUACCAUUUUGGAGUGUAAAGAUUUUUCAUUUUUAGGAUUUUUUUUUUCCCUUCAUGUAACAUUGAGCUGUAGUGUAGGAUAUUGUGAACACUGGCAGCAAGGAGAAACGAUUACCUGAUUUAUUCUUGUUGCCCUUUACCAUAUUGUUUU